AGCGCAUUUAAGGGGCGGGACUUUGUUGUGGGCGUGUCACUUCCGGUCAUUCCACAUUGUGAUUUGUGUCAUCCGUCCUACACUGUGCGCAUCCUUAACAUGAACUUUACAUUUAUUUUACACCCGGACUCGGGUAAAAAGAGUCACUUUGUGAAACGACAGCUUUAAAUUUUUUACAUCUUUGAGGAAAUUAUUGAAAAAAUCUGAUUUAUCAAACAGGAACGAAAACUAACCGCGUUUACGCAUCUUCUGUCCUCCAUAUUUCUGAUGCAUCGGACCGUCCGACGGAUAAAGAGUCAAGACUAAAAUUUUCAACGAGGUUAAGUUUUUCUACAGUAGUGUUUCACUAUCACUGAAUAAAAACCAAACGCUUGGCCUUAUGGAGAAUGGCGACUGGAAACACAUGAUGCCGGAUACCGUUACCCUAAAUGUUGGCGGCCAUUUGUACACGACAUCACUGACGACUCUCCAGCGUUAUCCGGACUCCAUGUUGGGCGCCAUGUUUCGUGGCGACUUCCCCACUACGCGAGAUGCCCGGGGCAACUAUUUCAUUGAUCGAGACGGUCCUCUAUUCCGUUACAUUUUGAACUUUUUACGAACCUCAAAACUGACAUUACCUUGUGACUUCAAAGAAACCGAACUUCUGAGGAAAGAAGCUGACUUCUACCAGAUAGAGCCGUUGAUCCAGUCUUUAGGCGACACCACCAAGCCGCUGUACCCCUUGGACACGUUUGAGCAAGUGGUAGAACUUUCAAGUACUCGUAAGCUGUCCAAAUAUUCAAACCCUGUGGCUGUCAUUAUCACCCAACUCACCAUCACCACCAAAGUUCAUGCGUUGCUGGAAGGCAUCUCCAACAACUUCACCAGAUGGAAUAAACAUAUGAUGGACACCAGGGACUUUCAAGUCUCCUUUACUUUUGGACCAUGCGACUACCACCAGGAGGUGUCCCUUAGGGUGCAUCUGGUGGAGUACAUCUCCAAACAAGGUUUUACAAUUCGAAACACGAGAGUGCAUCACAUGAGCGAACGAGCCAAUGAAAACACGGUGGAGCACCAUUGGACGUUCUGUAGAGUUGCGCAGAAGGUUGAGGAGUAAAUAACGCUGCAUUCAGUUCUAUUGCAACCAAUAAUGCCAAAAUGGAUUUAAAUGGAUCGCUUGAUGGCCCUAAAAUAUUUAAUGGUUAAGUGUGCAAUUCUUUGAUGUGAAAGUCUGUGUAAAGUCAGAUAUUAAAUAUGUUUCAGUUUGUCACACCACAGAAAAAUGUGUUAUUAACCACUGGGGCUGCAAAACGAUUAAUCGCGACUAAUCGUUUGCAGAAUAAAAGUUUUUGUUUACAUCAUGUGUGUGUGUGUGUGUGUGUACUGUGUAUAGUAUUUAUGUAAAUAUAAAUACACACACAUGCAUGUAUAAUUUAUUUUAAGAAAAAGAACUAUUUAUAUAUUAAGCAUUUAGAGUUAUAUAUGAUAUAAAUGAUAUUUAAAUAUAAAAAUGUAUAAACACAUGUAAAAAUGUAUAUAUACUUACAUAUGUGUGUAUUUAUAUAUACAUAAUUAUUAUACACAGUACACACACAUAUAUGAUGCAAACAAAAACUUUUAUUCUGCAAACGAUUAGUCGCAAUUAAUUGUUUUGCAGUCCUAUUAACCACCCAGCCAAAUUUGAAUGAUUUAAAAAAUGGCUAGUAAAUAAAAUAAUUUAUCAAAAUCUUGAAAAACUCUCAAACGUUGGGGACGUGUGCUUUUGGCGCUAAAACCACGCCUACUGAAAGCUGCCAUCUCUCUCAACCGUCAAAUACCGCUACAACCUGAAUGGAUGCUCGCGAUUGUAUUAGGGGCGGGGCCAUGCACGGUGGCUCCAAUGCAUCAUCGAGCCACCGUUUUAGCCCCGCCCAAAUAAUCCAGAAAUGUGUAAAAACUGUUUAACGGUGUAACUCCACAAUUCAGUACUACAUAGUUCACAGUCUUUGCAACGUGUUUUUAGCAAUACACUUCUAAAAAUGUAUAAUGCAUUUAGAAACCAUUCUUUGAAAUGACUUUACACAGAUUUAAGCUUAUCCUAGCACUACAGAAUGUACACAUUUUACCAUAACUAAUUACAUAAAUUCCCAUUCUCAUGUAAACGUGGCAACAAUAAAAUUUUGAAUGAAGUAGGUAGUAGCCACCUAACUAUUGUUAACCACUGUAACCACUUCUUACGAUUAUGGACAUAAGGAACAUGAAAAUAGUAAUUAUUGCCUUUAAGGACGAGUAAUGUAUACCUCAUAUAUCCGAUAUAUGCAAAAAAGUAUUCUUAUAUAUAUGUACUGCAUCAGUGUUACGUACUGUAUGUGUUGGUGUUGAUAUUUUUGCCUACUUUUUGUUCAUAAGUUCAUAAAUUGUGAAUUAUGGAUCCGCAGUAUGUGCUUGGUAUGCAUGAUUGUCUGCACUACAGUUGAUUUACCGUCAGGUACGUUCCCUUCCUUGUGCGAUGUAAAAUAUAUGAUUUGUAUUUCGCAUGUUGCAUAGUUAUAAAAUGUCAAAGUGUCCUGCGUGGCACUUUAUGGACAGUUUCUUUAUGGACAAUGCCGUGUUCAGACGUUUGUGGGCUUGAGCCAGACAAAUAUUGUGUGUGUGUGAAAGAGUUCAUUCAUGUGUGUAAUGAAAUCGACCUCAUCAUUAAAAACAAGCGUUUUAAUCAUA